GCUUGAAUAGUAGUCAAUAGGAGAAGGAGUGGUAGUAGUGGCGGCAGUUUCCCUUACUGAGUUGCCUUCCUUGGAGUGAAUCUAUGGUGCCAUGGCUGCCGUGGGACUCCCACCGUUACCUCCACAAUUCAAGCCCGUCCAACACUUCCUGAGAACUGCGCAGGAGCUGGACAAGCGUGAACCUGUGGUAGCUUAUUAUUGUCGUUUGUAUGCUAUGCAGACAGGUAUGAAGAUUGACAGUAAAAACCCAGAAUGUCGUAAAUUCUUAUGCAAACUAAUGGAUCAGCUUGAAGCUAUGAAGAAAGAGUUUGGCGAUAAUGAAGCAAUUACUCAGGAAAUAGUUGGCUGUGCCCAUGUGGAGAAUUAUGCAUUGAAAAUGUUCCUUUAUGCUGAUAAUGAAGAUCGUGCUGGUCAGUUUCACAAAAAUAUGAUUAAAUCGUUUUAUACUGCAAGUCUUCUAAUAGAUGUCCUGACAGUAUUUGGAGAACUAACAGACGAGAAUGUUCAGCACAGAAAAUAUGCCCGGUGGAAGGCAACAUAUAUUCAUAACUGUCUAAAAAAUGGAGAGACUCCACAAUCUGGACCUGUUGGAAUGGAAGAAGAAGAUGAUGAUGAAAAUGAACAAACCAGUUCUCCAACACCAUCCAGCCAAGAAUCAGAACCAUCAUCUACCUUCCAAUCAAGUAAUAUUCCCACUAGCAGUUACAGUGGCAUACAUAUCCCACCAGGUGCUCAUGCCCCUGCUAAUACUCCUGCAGAGGUACCCCAUAGCACAGAAGUAACAAGUAAUACAAUUCAACCCACACCUCAGAAUGUUCCCCUGGUUGAUCCUUCACUUUAUAAUAUCCAACCUGCAGGGGAAAUUCGUUUGACUCCCGAAGAUUUUGCCAGGGCCCAGAAAUACUGCAAAUAUGCUGGCAGCGCUUUGCAGUAUGAAGAUGUGAGCACUGCUGUGCAGAAUCUGCAGAAAGCCCUCAAGUUACUGACGACAGGCAGAGAAUGAUGCCUUUGUCUGCUGGCUUCAUCACUUGUACCUAAAAAAACUUAACAGGCGGUUACUCUUAACUCUUGUCAGGAAAAUGCAUUUGCACAAAAGCUUUUGAUUUCUUUGAUAAGAAUACAGCCUCUCUGUCUGUCUCGUUCUUUUUGAUAGAGGAAUAAGAACUAUCUGGGGACAGAGGUUUGCAUUCAGCACACCAAUUCUGGCACUCCUUGCCCAGAACUAUAGAAUGCCCCCAUGGCUGUGCUGUCCUUUUUACAAGAUGGGGUAGGGAAAGGGGGGGGAAAUGCUUUCUGAUGGCGUAUGUCUUUAGAAUUUAUUAUAAGAGAAGAUUGUUUGAAAUGCAAUGUCCAGACAAUUUGGGGUGAGGGACACUAUAUAGUAAAACUAAGGCAGCAAAUAAGGCAGAAAGGAUUUUCUUAGAAACUUUCAAAUUAAGUUAGAAAGGUAUAGUUAGCUUUAAUGAUAUUGCUAGAGAGCCAUUGUAAUGUUUCCUGGUUCCAGUACUCAUUAAAGCAAUGUAAUCUUGUGUGUGAAUUUCUUUUUCAUUGUGUGGUUCAUUUCAGUUUUGAGGAUAAAGGAAUUGUACAUCUGAAAUGUAAAGCCUAGCUCUAGAUAUCUUGAACUUUGAAAGCACCCAUAAUUCAUUCUAACACUAAUAAAAUAACCAGAAUUAGAAAUAUCUGGAGUUAGAUAUUUAUUGCCAUCAUUUAAAAAAAUGAAAAUGUUCGACUCCUGCUGUACUGUAGACUAUUAAAAUAUUGUGGAAUCUUUAGGUAUGUGUUUGAAUUAUUAAUGUUAAAAUGCAUAAAUGUUUUAA